AUGUCGAGCUCCGCCGGUGGAGGGGACUCCAAAUUGUUUGCUCGAGGCAAAGUUGCCGAGCUGCGCCUCGAGCUCAACAGCGGAGGGAAGAAAGAUAAGAAUUAUGCGGGCAAGAAGAUCGCACUCAAGAAGAUUGUGGCCAACAUGACCAUGAGCAAUAAUGACAUGGUGGCUCUGUUCCCUGAUAUCAUUGGGUGUAUGGGCAUUCAGAGUUUAGAAAUCAAGAAGAUGUGCUUCUUGUUUCUGGUCAACUAUGCCAGGAUGAGACCUGAGAUUGCCGUAAAGGCAAUCCCUGUACUAGAACAUGAUAUGGAAGACCACAAUCCUUUGGUACGAGCAUUGGCUCUUAGGACAAUGUCGUACAUUCAUGUUAGAGAGUUUGUCGAAGCUACCGUGCCAAUAGUCAAGCACAUGCUGAAAGAUGGCGACCCCUAUGUGCGAAAGACGGCUGCAUUCUGCGUAGCGAAGCUUUACGACCACGAUCGAAACAUGGUGGAGAACUCUGAUUUAAUCGAUCGACUGAAUUCGCUUCUUCGCGACGAUAAUCCCACUGUUGUUGCCAGCGCAUUGGCCGGCCUGAUGGACAUCUGGGAGCGCAGUGAUGCCAUCAAGCUCACUAUUGACUAUAGCAAUGCCUCCAAGAUGGUGGCUAUUCUACCUGACUGCUCUGAAUGGGGUCAGACAUAUAUCCUAGAGGCUCUCAUGUCCUAUGUGCCACAAGAAUCCGGAGAGGCGAUACUCCUGGCCGAGCGGAUAUCACCACGAUUGUCGCACUCUAAUUCGUCCGUCGUGUUGACCUGCAUUCGGGUAAUUCUGUAUCUGAUGAACUAUAUCGCCGAUCAGAAGCAGAUCUCGGCUCUUUGCAGAAAGCUCUCACCACCUCUUGUCACACUUCUCGCAAAGGGCCCUGAGGUACAGUAUCUUGCCUUGCGAAAUGCCCUGUUGAUUCUCCAGCGGCGACCAGAAGUACUGCGAAACGACAUCCGCGUCUUUUUCUGCAAAUACAACGAUCCCAUUUAUGUCAAGGUCACAAAGCUUGAACUCAUCUUUAUGCUCGCCAAUGAGGAUAACAUCGAUGAAGUCUUGACGGAAUUGCGAGAGUAUGCCACCGAGAUUGACGUUCAUUUUGUGCGCAAAGCGGUGCGCGCCAUCGGUAAGCUGGCAAUCAAAAUUGAGCCGGCGGCACGAAGAUGCAUCAACCUACUCCUCGAGCUUGUCGCAACCAAAAUCACAUACAUUGUGCAGGAAGCUACAGUUGUUAUCCGAAAUAUCUUCCGCAAAUACCCCAACCAAUAUGAAUCCAUCAUCAGCACUUUGUGCGAACAUCUCGAUUCUCUGGAUGAGCCCGAGGCUAAAGCAGCCAUGGUUUGGGUGAUUGGCCAGUAUGCAGACCGAAUAGAGAACAGUGAUGCUCUGUUGGAAGACUUCCUAUACUCGUUUGCCGAGGAGCCCGUCGAAGUACAGCUUGCUUUGCUCACAGCUACAGUAAAGCUUUUCAUCCAACGACCGACAAAGGGACAGGAGUUGGUUCCAAAGGUCCUGAAAUGGGCAACGGAGGAGACUGAUAACCCCGAUCUUCGAGAUAGAGCAUAUAUGUACUGGCGACUGUUGUCGACGGACAUGAAUGCAGCCAAGCAGAUCGUCAUGGGCGAAAAGCCCGCCAUCACAGCCGAGUCGGAGAGACUUGACUCGACGACACUAGAGGAGAUGUGCUUGAAUGUGGGAACACUAGCGACGGUUUAUCUGAAGCCAGUGCAGACUGUUUUCAGAUCUGCGCGACCACGCAAACUUCAAGACUCCCCAGCACUACAGAAGCAAAACCUUCUUGUUGGAGGAGACAACCAGAAGAGUAUUAGCAUGUUUGGUAACGGCGGAGCAGCAACUGAUAUCGAUCCAAGAACCCGAAAUCCUACAUCGGGUGAGGGUCAAGCGAACCUCGCACAAGCAGUUAGCGAUGCGGACGCCUACUUCUCGGGUAUAGGAACGCAGCAGAUGACACCGAUGCAUGUUGAUCAAGGUGAUGAUGUCUUUGGAGGAGGUAAUGGUCACUCAACGGGUUACGUUGUGAGCGCGCAUGCCCCUCAAGCUGUGCUUCAACCAGCCCAAGGUGCUGGCAGCAACGGUGAUUUGUUAGUGCUGUAA